UGCCGUCCAUCUUUGAGGACAUGAAUUUCCAUUGUUGUAGCGGUCACGCGAAUGUCUUGUCAAUGUAAUAUACACUGUCUUAGGUUAAGGUAAGGGUAGGGGUAAACUAACGUAGCAGUAGAAAUAGUCAGGGGUAGAGGGUAGGGACGACCCAAGCAUCCAUAUUUGCGUUUAAUUUGUGUUUCCUGUUAUGUUGCAUGUAAUUUCCGGUUCUUAACCGUCGAUGGUCCUAUACAUCAAUGGGAAGACUGAAGUUUUUGGGAAGCCCUGCGGGAAUGCAAGCACAUAUACAGAGAAGCAAAGUUUAUGCUUGAGUUACUCUAGAGCCCCACUGGAUGUGAGCACUCCUCUGUAUUGUUAUGCAAAGUCUUGGAUGUGUGAACCUUGGAAGUCGUUGUUCAAGAACAUUUUGGAGAACAUUUAGACCUGUGGCUUCAUGAGUGUAUAGAGCCCCAGAAAUGAAUGAAGGACUGGUGGAUAACAUAGGUUCCGGGAGAGGGCCAGGAGAGGAAGACAUGGAGAUAAACGGAGAGGUACUAAAACCUACAAAUGAUCUACCUAUAGAAAGGGAGGAGAGGACUGAAGUCGGGGACAAUGGGAUGGAGAGGACUGAGGUCGGGGACAAUGGGAUGGAGAGGACCUCUCAGGUCCUAUCGCCACUGGAGGCCCUGGCUCCCUCGGACAGCCUUGACAUUCAGGACCAUGCCACCUCUGUUCCUGUGAUGACAGGCCAUGGGCAGACAGAGAAGAUCCCAGGGGGAGUUGCUGAGGAACAACCUGUAGACUGGUUUGAGCCCCUGGAGGAUGACAAUUAUGAAGAUGACACACAGGGUUGGAACUUGGGCCUUGCGAUGGGGGAGCGACGCGUGAAUGGCAAAGGGGAUGCCGAAGAGGAGAGUGUUGCAGGGAGCGAAAGGAGCGAAAGGAGCGGUAGCGUGGCAGGCCUUGAGAAGAAAAUCAACAGCAACAACCUGUUUUCUGUUUAUAGACGGAAGAAAAGAGUAACAGUUGAAGAGGGCUGGGAGGACUGGCCGGCACUUGGAAAGGGGUGGAAGCGCAAAGCGGUUGUUCGUCGUUCAGGUUCUAGUGUUGGACAGAGUGAUGUUUAUUACAUGAGUCCGAGUAAUGAGCGCGUGAGAAGUCGGGUUGAGCUUUCCAAAGUUCUGGCAGAUACUCUGGACAUGACAAUGUUUGAUUACAAAGCAGGGGUGUUCAGGGGUGCUGGACAACCCAAGCCCUUGCGUGCGAGAAAGACGAACAUACAGAAGGAUCCUCCUCCCUUAGUAGACUGUGGAUUUUCCUCAGAGUCCAGCUUGAAGGACAGAGGGGACCGGGCAGACAGCCCUGACUCCCAUCACAGACUGACCCCUCUGAGUCGCAGCUCUAUGGGCACGCCAAGCAAAGACCUCCAACAUACCACUCCCCCAAGAACGAACUUGUCUCUUGCUAAGAUUAGUUCAGCUUCUGUCGCUCAUGAUGUGGAAGGUAUGAAGCAAAAUGCAACUAAACUGCCCUUGAGCCCUGCAUCAUCACUUUCAGUCUCCAUCAAUGGGAUGGCUGGUUCAGAGCCCUUCUUUUGCAUCUGUGCCAUUUGUGGUAAUUCAUAUACAGGCUUAGAGUAUGAAAGGCAGAUGAAGAGUCCCUGUUGCACCAUAUGCAGGGCCAACAAUCCAGCUAUAGCCAAGUUUCCACUUCAUCAAAGAUUCAGAAAGUGGAUUCCUUGUGGUAACUGUAGGGCUUGCCUUACCACAGAAGAUUGUGGGAGUUGUGCCAACUGCAAAAAAACACUGAACCCUGACACCAGAAAACGUGUCCGCUGUCAGAAACGCAAAUGCAAAUGUCCUAUCCUCAAGUAUAAACCUGAUGGUCCCCAAAUGUUGGAUCCCUAUCCCAUGGCGAAUUUUAAGAUUGACAGCAGAGAAUUGCAGAACUCCACUUCUCAAUACAGUGACCCUGAGGACUUCUCUGUGAAUGUCGAUAUAGAAGAUGACGAUGAAGAGUUUGAUGGUGAUGAUGCUGACUAUGAGGCUUGGGUGAGGAAACGUAAGCGGCGCUCCUGUGGGAAGUGUGAAGCCUGUAAUAGUAGGACAGACUGUGGCACUUGUGAUUUCUGCAUAGACAAACCCAAGUUUGGAGGCAGCAAUAAGAAGAGACAGAAGUGCCGUCUACGGCAGUGCCAGAGACAGGCCAUGAGACACUUGUUGCCCUUUCAGUUGGGCCAGACUGAUUUUGGGUCCCAAGAGGGGUGGGUGCAGCUUGGCAGGCCUAGGCCUCACUUUACAUACAGUCGCAAGACAACCCCAAAGAAAAGAAAAACACAGCAUCUGGAAGUGGACAUGGAGUUCACUGAUGAUGAAGACGAGCCACUGCAGGAAGAAGAGGAUUAUCGCUACAUGGAAACAGCACAUUGGCGCCCUAUGCUUCCCAGCAAACCCCAGGAUGAGAACUUCCGAAACCAUAUACCGACAGUCCAGGCUCACAAAGAGACUGUGGAAAUUGUCAAAAAUAAUUCACUUCUGGAGCAUGUACCAGAUAUCCUCAACCUUAUAAGUUCUCCAGCAUAUUGCACACUGUUCAAACCGGCAGACCCUGCGGUGAAAUAUGUUGAACCCCCAGUUGAGAAUACGUCCUCAGCAGCUCCGGACAGACAGAGUGGAAUGAACGGAGGAAGGCCAAGUGUGGACACGGAUGUAGAAACGCCGUCUGGGGAGCCAGAAGUGGAGGAGGUCACACCUAUGAUCACUCAGAUCUUCAGUCUGGCUGACAGUGCAGGAACAAGUGGGAUCGACCAAGAACAUGAGCUGUUAAAGCUACUGAAGUCCAUUCACAGCUCUGCACUCCCCACACUCUGGUUUGCCAUAAUGGUGGAGGGCCCGACGCUACAGCUACUGCAGUGCUCCAAGCUCUCCCACAUGGUGGACACAACCGUGCAGAUUGACCCGAGCUUCUACUAUCAGAUCUGUGUACAGGGCCAGCCGCUGCUCCUCACCCACCCGCUGUAUGAAGCUCACCCAUCCUGCUUGACAUCUGUGCCCCAGGUGGCGAACCUGCUCCUGGAUCUGGAGAAGUACAGCGUGUGCCAGGGGGUCCCGACCAAGGAGCAGCCAUUCAGCCAGGCUCCAAUCAUCAUUGAGCGGGCAUCAACCUGUGACUUUCUGGUACUUAAAGAAACAGAGCACUGUGCGAGGUGUAAGGCCUUAUCCUGCAGCUAUUAAGGCCAGACACCACACCGUAAUAGGGAUCCCCCCCUUAAUCAUAUCACAAUCAACUUUCUACAGUUGAACGUAGACACAAAUAAUAUUUUUUUGUAUUACAAUUUCAGUUUUUUAAAAAUUGAAAUAUACAAAUUAGGUGACAUCUCAUUUAAAUAUUUACAUAUCCAACACAAAAAAAAGUCUGGACACUGGAUUAAGUCAGUCUAAAUAUUUUUGGUUUCGUAUUGUUAAGACACUCCAGGAUCGGACUUACUCAGUGCAUUGUGGACAAAUACUUUAAAAAUAUUUUUAUCUGUAAAAUACUAAAGAUAUGAAAGUAAAAUGCAUUUUGGCACAUUAAAAAAAACAUAUUCAAUUCCCUCUGGGCAAGUAUGAGAAUAUAUCUAAGGUUCACUAUUUGGUGAAUACAGAUGCUUCUGAAGCUGGGGGAAAUUAGUUGGCGUGUGGGAAGAAUCUUGACUUUUCGGAAUUGGCAGUUAAAGACAAGGACACUGAAUUUAGACUAACAAACACAUAUUUAGACCCAAUCACCAUCUCUUCAAAGUAAGUUACUACAUAUAGUUCAGUUUUUUUACAUUUUCUAUGAAAUGGGUUUAUAAAUUGUGUAAUCCAAUGUAGUGGGCUUUGAAAUGAUGGAUGUAUGUCCAUUUUAAAGUGGUUAACAUUAAUGACAUUUUGAUGACUGUAGUAUGAUAAACUAAUGAAAAUAUGCAUUAUUAUCAAGAUUGUCAUUUUUGUUUACUUUUUGAAAAUACUAAUAUUAAUGGACCAAAAUACCAACAAAUCUAAAAAUUGAUAGGUAGAUGCUGUGAUGUAAUUUCAGCCUGUGGUGCCUGGCCUUAAGAACAUUUGGUGCCGCAGCGCAGGGUCACCAGCACUUAGCAGUGUCACAGUACAGAGCAUCACAGCUCUGCCCUUACAGAACAUCUCAAGUCUGCUGGCGAUGGACAACCAGGACUGUCUAGUAUUUUGCGCUUUUACCACUAGACUUUGCAAUGAUAUUUGUUAAGAAAUUGAGGGACGUGUUUUUUAUAUCCCAUUUUGUUAGUAUGUCUUACAAAUAAAUGUACAAAUCAUGA